AUGGCCGAGACACUAGAAGACGUUCAAAUGGACACAGAGGAGAUCGAACAGGAGACACCUACCUCCGGAGUUUUCAUGGCGCCCUCGGUCAACCGAUCUGACAUAAUUGAGGGAAAGUCAUAUUCGCACUAUUCACCAAUACCUGCAGCAAUCAAGGACGACGAGACACAAGAAAUCGUGUUAGGUGUUGAUGAAGCUGGACGAGGACCUGUGUUAGGUCCAAUGGUGUACGCUCUCUUCUACCUCCCCAUUGAACUCCACCAUUCACUCCUUGCCGACACACACCAUUUCGAUGAUUCGAAGGUGCUCACGCCGCAAGUUCGCUCAUCCUUGAUGGAGAAGAUAUGCUCAUCAGGUACCGACCUGCACAAAUCUUGUGGGUGGGCAACGAGACUGCUGUCAGCGCGCGACAUAUCUGCCGAUUCGCUUGCCCCCAACAAGUACAAUCUGAACGCGCAAGCGAUGGAUGCAACGAUCAACCUGAUCAAGGAGGUGAUGGCGCGUGGCGUCAACGUCAAGGAGAUAUACAUCGACACAAUUGGCAAACCGGAGGUCUAUCAGAAGAAGCUGGAACGCAUCUGGCCAACGGUACGGAUAACGGUCGCAAAGAAGGCAGACAGUCUGUACCCUGUCGUGUCAGCAGCGUCGGUGUGUGCGAAAGUCACCAGAGAUGCAGCGCUCGAGGUCUCUUAUGCUCCGUAUCAGAAUGCGGAGGCGUCAGGUGGUGAGAUCGCGUGGGGUUCAGGCUACCCAUCUGACCCACGGACUUCGUCGUGGCUCAAACAAAACAUCGACCCUGUGUUUGGAUGGGGGAACGAGUGCCGUUUCUCGUGGAGCACUGCAAAGGAACUGCUAGAGGGGAAGAAUGCUGAGCUACAGAUUGACUGGCCAGUGGAAGAGGACGAGGGCAAUGAUCUGCGGAUGACGAAUUUCUUCAGCGCACAGGGCGAGAAGGGCGGCAAUGAAAUGGUGGAUUGGUACGGAAAGAGAGUUACAGAAGAGAUGGAAUGUUUCUAG